CUUGAACUCACAUCUUUCUCACUUAAAACCGCCUGUUCUUACUGGAUUUUUAAGUUUGGAGUCCAUAUCUUGCAUUAUUUCAACUGAUUCCAAGGUACCAUGGGAAGAACAAGGGAAGCAGGCUCAAGUGUUGCUGCACCAAGAAUGCCACAGAGGGCAACUGGGAAAGCUUGUGCUUCAGAACCCAAAGGAAAAUCAGUUGCAGCAAGUGCCAAAGCAAAGGGCAAAGCCAUAGCCACAACAUCAAGGGCUCAAGGGAAGCAAAAGAGAGCUGAGAGAAGCUCUAGUGAGGAGCUGAGUGAUGAAGAGGACAAUGUGGCUUCACCAGCACCUGUGCCUCAAAAGAAGAAAAAGGUGAUCAAGAAAACAGAGCCAAAGUCGGUCACUUACAAUGAGUACCUCAAGACACUUCAAGCUGUGUCUCAUGAAGGAACAAUGUACCCUGAUGUUGAGCUGUUGAGAAAGAUGGGUAUUUAUGAAGAGGGGAGAGCUGUGCUUGACAGCAUUGGUCUUGGGAACAUCAUGGAGGUGACUCAUGAGUCUUACAAGGAGCUGACUUGCCAGUUUCUUGCAUCUUUGCAAGUAAACUUUUAUAAUAAUGAUGGACCCGCUGAGGUUGAAGAUGAUUUUGGAUCGCUUGAGUUCAAAAUUGGACAUGAGAGAUAUGAGAUGACUUUCAGAGAAGUCUGUGAGUGUUUUGGGUUCAAGAUUGAAGGGAAAUGUUCUCCAAGAAGGCUGUGCUACCUUAUGAAUGAAAAGAGAGAACUCUGGGAUUCAAUUGGUAAUGGCAGUUACAAGACUAGUGUAGCUAAGGCAGCGGACAUAAAAAAUCCAGUGCUGAGGAUGGUACACAAGGUGAUUGCUCAGACAUUCUAUGGCAAAGCUGAGUUUAGCCAUGUUUAUGAUGAAGAGUUGAUGCUGAUUGGUGAGGGCAUUAGGUGCUAUAUGCCUGAGUUUUCAAUGGACGGCCAUUCUAUGGAGACAGUAGAGGACCAACAAUGGGAUCUCUUCUCAUCAAGAACUUCCUUUACCUAAGGAAAUGGGCUCUCACCACCACCUGCAAGAACCCCUCACUGCGCAUAGGAGGCCUGAUCACUCCUAUCUUGUUACAUGCUGGAGUUGUGCUAAGUGGUAAUCCAAAGCCUUUUAAGCUCAUGGAUCAGUUGCAUCUUGCCAAGACAAACUUCAUUGAAGGAGUUGUGGGAAAUUCUUAUGCCUACAAUCUCACCCUUGGGGAAGUAUAGGUCAAAGUCUUACUGCCAAGCCCAUCACUCAUUUCCCUUUCAGAGAGAAAGAACAUCAAGUUCUAUAUCACCAAGGAGUUGCAUUACAACCCUGAGAUUUGCCCACCAAUUCAACAGCUAAGAAAGAAUACCACCAAUUCUCAAGCAGCAGGUGAUGCUCCUGAUGAUGGAACUGCUGAUCAAAACUCUGUCUAUGGGAGCAAGAGAUACAAUUUCUCUUCUUAUGAUGGCAAGAUGCCUGAUGAUGCCACAACACCUGCUCAUUACCGCACAAAGAGCUGGAGAAGAUGGAACCGCUGGCAAGACAAGAACAUAAAGAAGUUGGUUGGCACAGUUUCUACUCUGGUUGAGACAUUCAAGAAGAUGGGUACAAAGAUAAAAAAGCUCAAUGCUAAGUUGGAGAGGUUCCAAAGGGGAGAAGUUGGUGAAAGCUCUCACCAAAGUGAACCACUCAGGAGCUGUGAUGAGCCGCAUGGACAAGACUCGGAUGAAGAUGAGCUCAAGGCCAAGAGAGCAGCAAUGGAAUCACCAUCAGACCAGUCUUCCAACCCGUCCUACUCCAUGGGGUCUCCAGCCCCAUCUCUAAGUCCUUGAGAAGGUAAUACUCCAUCUCUGUAUAUAUGCAUGUAGUUAGCUUGUUUUCUAUUUGCAUUUUGUGAUUUUUCUUUGCACUUCUCCUUCAUGCUUUUAUAACACAAGGGACUGUGUUAUUUAAGUGUGGGGGAAGAGUUUCAUCUUUUACUAAUCUUGUUUUUCUGAUUCUUAUUUUCCACUUUGAGUCUCGAGUCUCAUUCUUGCAUGCAUUCAUAUAGUUUCAUCUAAGUGCAUAUAAAAACCAAAAAAAAUUGAAAAAUCUAAAAAAAAAUCACAAAAAAAUGCUCAUGUAGUUGCAUUCACAUUUUAGGUUGAGUCUAGUUUGCAUUUUCAUAUAGGUUGCAUUAUGCAAUGGAGCAAUGAUAGGUUUUCCUUAAGAGUAAAUCACUUUGAGAAUUUGGACUAAAUAUGCUUGUGAAAUGACUUCUAUGCUUGCAAGGCUUGAAAUGAUAUAAAUCUGAGAAGCAAGUUUGAAUUGAACUCAACUCUAAUAAGUGAAAACCCUGAA